AUGGGGGGAAAGGCUGGUGCUGACUCCAUCUCUGUGGCUGUGUCUGGAAUGAGAGAUGGAACGGUGAUGAUAAGCAUAUACAGCUUCGCUGCAGGAACAGUGGCACAGAUGCAGAACAUGCAUCAUGUUUCUAAUGGGACAAUUAGAGGAACAUUUGGAGCCAGAUGCCCUGGCUCUCAAGUGGCUAUAGAGGCCAAUCUUGGACUUGCACGCUUUGGAGCAGAUGGGGCAAGGAAAGAUCGGGUCGCUGCUUGGGACGCCAUCACGGAGAUGGAUGAGCAUAACCGUCCCAUCCACACCUUCCAGGUGUGCCACGUAAUGGAACCCAACCAGAACAACUGGCUUCGUACAAACUGGAUUCCCCGUCAGGCUGCACAGAAGAUCUACGUGGAGCUUCGCUUCACCCUGCGGGACUGCAACAGCAUCCCCUGGGUCUCUGGCACCUGUAAGGAGACUUUUAACCUCCUCUACUUUGAGACAGAUGAGCCGCAUGGUGCCACUGCUCAUUUCCAUACCAACGACUACGCCAAAAUCGAUACCAUAGCCGCCGACGAAAGCUUCACACAGACAGAUCUGGGCGACCGUGUUCUGAGGCUGAAUACCGAAGUGCGAGAAGUGGGCCCAAUAGCUCGUAAGGGUUUCUACUUGGCCUUCCAGGACGUGGGCGCAUGUAUCGCCCUGGUGUCUGUGAGAGUUUAUUACAAAAAGUGCCCGUCUACCCUGAGAAACCUUGCAGCCUUCCCUGACACUGUACCGCGGGUGGAUUCGUCUUCACUGGUGGAGGUCAGGGGAGCGUGUGUUGAGAACGCUGAGGAACGUGACACACCUAGGCUGUACUGUGGAGCUGAUGGUGAUUGGCUGGUGCCGCUGGGCCGUUGUGUCUGCAGCAUAGGCUAUGAGGAGAGUGACGGUCUCUGUGUUGCCUGCAGACCUGGGUUCUACAAAGCCUUUGCAGGAAACAUCAAAUGUUCAAAGUGUCCCCCACACAGUUCCAGCCACACCGAGGGUUCGGCACAAUGUCACUGCGAAAAAAACUACUACAGAGCCAGCAAGGACCCUCCCACCAUGGCCUGCACACGACCGCCCUCCUCUCCUCGAAACAUGGUUUUUAACAUCAAUGAGACCGCCCUCUUUCUGGAGUGGACUCCGCCCAGCGACACAGGUGGUCGGAAGGAUGUAAGCUAUAAUGUCUUCUGUUUCCGAUGUGGAGCUGAUGGCCAGGCCUGCGAGGCAUGCAACAACAACGUGCGCUUCGUACCCAAACCCACGGGCCUCACAAGCACCUCUGUGGUGGUCCAGGACUUUGUGGCGCAUGCCAACUACACAUUCCAAAUCGAGGCCCUGAAUGGAGUGUCGGGCUUGGGCAGAUCCGAGAGACAGCUUGCCAAUAUCACCAUCAGCACAGAGCAGGCUGGUCCGGCUCUGGUAGGUGUGGUGAGAAAAGACUGGGCAUCUCAAACUAGUAUCGCCCUCUCCUGGCAGGAAACUGAGCAGCCGCAUGCUGUCAUCCUGGACUACGAGAUCAAGUAUUAUGAAAAGGAACAGGAACAGUUAAGUUACUCCUCUACACGUACGAAGUCUCCGAGCGUGAUAGUGGCCGGACUAAAGCCCUCCACGGUUUACGCUUUCCACGUGCGUGCUCGUACCCUCGCCGGCUACAGCAGUUACAGCCCCAAGUUUGAGUUCGCCACAGGAGACGAGAACUCUGAGGAGGCAGCUGAUCAGGGCCAGGUGUUGGUGAUUGUUACAGCCACAGUGGGGGGCUUCUCUCUCCUCAUCAUUCUCACCCUCUUCCUUCUCAUCACUGGCAGGUGUCAGUGGUACAUAAAAUCUAAGAUAAAGUCAGAAGACAAAAAAAGAACACAGUAUCAAAAUGGGCAUGUGCCAUUCCCAGGAUUAAAGACUUACAUUGACCCGGACACUUACGAGGACCCCUCACAGGCCGUUCAUGAGUUUGCCAAGGAAAUCGAUCCAUCUCGUAUCCGAAUCGAAAGAGUCAUCGGAGCAGGCGAGUUUGGGGAGGUGUGCAGUGGCCGGCUCCGUAUCCCAGGAAAAAAGGAAAUUCCUGUGGCUAUAAAGACUCUGAAGGGGGGAUACACUGAGCGUCAGAGACGGGAUUUCCUGCGAGAGGCAAGCAUCAUGGGACAGUUUGAUAAUCCUAACAUCAUCAGACUGGAGGGUGUGGUUACAAAGAGUCGGCCUGUGAUGAUAGUGGUGGAAUACAUGGAGAAUGGCUCCUUGGACUCUUUUCUGAGGAAGCAUGACGGACACUUCACCGUGAUCCAGCUGGUUGGUAUGCUGCGUGGCAUUGCCUCAGGUAUGAUGUACCUGUCCGACAUUGGCUAUGUCCACCGGGACCUGGCAGCUCGAAAUAUUCUAGUGCAUGACAACCUGGUGUGUAAGGUGUCGGACUUCGGUCUGUCCAGGGUGCUGGAGGACGACCCGGAGGCAGCUUACACCACCACAGGGGGUAAAAUCCCCAUCCGCUGGACCGCUCCCGAGGCUAUUGCCUACAGAAAGUUUUCCUCAGCCAGUGAUGCUUGGAGCUACGGUAUUGUCAUGUGGGAAGUCAUGUCAUAUGGAGAAAGGCCCUACUGGGAGAUGUCCAACCAAGAUGUAAUCCUGUCUAUAGAGGAGGGCUACAGGCUCCCUCCGCCCAUGGGCUGCCCCGUGGCCCUGCACCAGCUCAUGCUUCUCUGUUGGCAGAAGGAACGCAGUCGGCGGCCACAGUUUAAUGAUGUUGUCAGCUUCCUAGACAAGCUGAUCCGCAAUCCCAGCAGCCUGCUCACACUGGUGGAAGAUGUAAAUAGCUUCCCAGAAUCCCCAGAGGAUAUGCCAGACUACCCUCUCUUCAUAUCUAUUGGUGAUUGGUUGGAUUCUAUCAAAAUGAGUCAGUACAAGAACAACUUCAUAGCAGCAGGAUACACAACCCUGGAUUCCAUAUCCACCAUGAGUAUUGAUGAUGUGAGAAGAAUCGGAGUGUCUCUGAUUGGCCACCAGAGGAGGAUAGUGAGCAGCAUACAAGCACUACGCCUGCAGUUCCUCCACGUUCAACAGAGUGGCUUCCAUGAAAACUGGUCCAUUUACCCGGAGGAACCACAGUAAACAACGGAACAAUGGCACCAUUCUGUUGUUACGAAGAUGUCAUCUGUCAAUCAUCCUGCAAGUUCUGUGAUUGACUGGACUCCAAACCUGAGAACUUUGAAUAGCAUAUUUGCUAUUUUAAUGUAUUAAAUUAUGUGUCUUAAGAGAUUUUCCUGGUUUAUUCAUCAAGCCUCUGAAAUGAGAGACUAUGGAUCUGUUGAAUGUCUUCAGCUUUAAAUGGCUAUUAUGCAUUGUUUAUCACAUCUGAUAUUUAUCCUGAUAUUUAUAUGUACGUGUGACUUUGUUUCUUUUUUGGUUGCCUUUUGUUUAAUUCCUUUUCUAAGCAAUAUGUGCAGUCUUUAGAAAACCAAGAAAAGAGCCAAGGUAGGGGGUGGAGAGCUUUAUCUUGCUCUGUUGAAAAACAAAAAUGCCACACAAAACCAUUGACUUCCUCAGGCUGUCAGCGAGGUGGUAAAAGUAUGACCUUUCAGAAGACUGUAAGCCAUUUUCUUACUCCUGUGCACCACAGUCAAAUUGAACAAACUUAGACAAAUCCAUUCAGACCGAGAUUUGAGAACUGCACACAUUUGUUCAGUCUACUUUGGUGUACAGAUUCUAUAGACACUUCUGAUAUUUUAUCAGUUUGCCUUGCAACGUUGAAACUAUUGUCAUAUAGUCAGUGGAGAAUAUUUGAGGUGAAAGGUUGCAGUAAAAUGUUCUCCUAUAGAAGACAUGACAAUAUAGCACUCUGCAUGUUGGCAAGUAUUUUUCCCAACACAGCAGGCCUACAUACACGCAUAUCUUCAAUGGCAACAUACGCAUUUGCAGUCUCUUUCGCUUCCAACAGACAUACAAACGCACAAUACUGUGCCAUGUUCAGCUGAUCCUUUUGGCUCUUUGUACCUGAACACAUGUUCGGGACACUGAGACCACUUGACAAACUUCAAGUUGCAAUGUGCA